AUGGCCAUGUCGCAUGUCCUCGCACGCACAGCGCUGCCAGCACAGCUUCACAGCCGUCCCUCCGCAUGGGCCGCUGACCACGUGGCGUCACACGCGCCCCGCGUAUCGUUUGAUUUCAAACCUCUCCUCCGCGCCAGCCGGGCCGCUUCCAGCAAAUGGCCGGCCCAAUACUGCGCAGCGCUAUCCACGGGGCUGCGCGCCAAGCCUCACCAUGGAUCCCACUUGGGGACCAAAAGACGGCUUGCGCCCUGCACUGCCGUGGAGGCGCAGGGUGAUGCGGGGGGUUUGGCGGGGGACAGGGUACGGACGGAGGGGGAGAAGCGGAGAGCAGGCGAUCACUCGGGGAAAGAGGAAGGGGAGGGGGAGGACGGAGAUGAGGAGAUGAGCGAAGGCGAGGGAGAGGAAGAGGAGGAAGAGGAGGAAGAAGAGGAAUAUGAGGAAGAGUGGGAGGACGAGGAGGAGUGGGAUGAAGACUGGGACGAGGACCAGGCGGAGGAGGAGGAGGGGAGCGGAGAGGUGCCGGAGUGGGAGGGGGAGGGCGUGGAGGUGGGGGUGAUAGUGGGCGCGCACGGGCUGCGCGGCGAGCUGCGCGUGAAGCCGCUCACGGACUUCCCGGAGCAGCGCUUCGGACAGGGUGGCUGGCGCUGGUUGAAGCGCCCAGGCAGGCCGUCCGUGCCCUCCCCUGCUGCCGCGCCCGCAGCUGCGCCGCCGCCACCAGCAGCAGGGGAGGCGGCUGAGGAGGCAGCAGGAGGGGAGGCAGCAGGAGGGGCAGCAGCAGUGGAGGCGCCAGGGAAGGCAACUGCUGGGGAGGCGGCAGCAGCGGAGCAGCGCGGGGCGGGCGUGAGGCGCGUGUGGGUGAGGGGCGGGCGGCCAGGCCCUGGGCGGUAUCGGCUGUGGCUGGUGCGGAUCAAGGACGUGGAGAGCGCGGAGCAGGUGCGCUUGAAUGGGUGCACCCACGGGUGCAUGCUCUCUUUCCUCUGUGCUGCUGUGUUGCUGGAUCAAUAUGGCAUGUCAUGGCAUGGCAUGGGAUGGCGUGGCAUGGCAGGCGGAGGCACUGCGCGGCAGUGUGAUGAUGGUGAGGGAGGGGGAUCGGCCGGAGCUGGGAGAGGACGAGGUGUACUCCAGCGACCUCAUCGGCCUCUCUGUGUUGCUCAAGGUCUCCAUGCCCCCCAUCGCACCCACUGCCCCUCCCCAUGCCCCUCUCCUCCUGCCCGUCCUGCGAUUUUCGCACCACCUCCCCUUCCCCCGCAUCCCAUCCGUGCCCUGCUCAGUCCCUUUGUUCUGAACCCCCCCCCGGCCCCCGCGCUGCGUGCACAGGAGGGCGGGGCGCCCAUAGGCGUGGUGGAGGACGUGUACAGCGGAGGGGGCGCGGGGGAGCUGCUGCGCGUGCGCCUGCACACAGGGGAAGCGGGGGCGGAGGGGUCAGAGGGGGCGGUGGGGGAAGUGGCAGGGAAGAGAGCAAAGGGGCAGGGCAAGGGGAAAAAAAAACAGGGCAAAGGGGGCGGUGGCAAAAAGGGGAGCGCUAGUGGGGGGGGCCCAUGCGUGUGGGUGCCGUUUGUGCGCGCCAUCGUACCUGAGGUGAACCUCAAGCAGCGGCACCUUGUGGUGGACCCUCCUCCUGGGCUGCUUGACCUCAACCAGCGCCCCGCAAGCAAGGCAGAGCAGACGCCGGAGGAGGAGGGCGACGAGGGCGCGCGCAAGGGCAUGUCUGCCCGGGAUCGCAAGAAGCGGCAGCAGCGGAGGCGGCAGGUGGAGGAGCGGUACAGGCAGGCGGGGCAGCAGCACGUGCUGCACUGGGUGCACGCGGCCCUGCGCCUGGAGAAGGCCGCAGCAGAGACAGAGGCAGAUGCUGGCGAGGAAGGGGCAGGGAGUGCGCAAGUACAGGGGCACAUGCAGGGGCACGUGGAUGUGGAUGCAGCGCUACAGCAGCUGCUAGCAGUGGACCUCAGGCGUGUGGCCCAUGCCGUGCACUCCGCCCUCACUCCACGCGCACACACCGUGCCCCCCCUGCCCCCGCCCGUGCCCCUGCCCCACUGGCCGCUCCUCCUGCCGCGCUCAGGUGGUGAGGCGGUGCUGCUGGGUGGGGCGGCGAGCAGUGAAGGGGCGGGUGGGGGGGAGGGUAUGGAGGGAGAGGGCAGGCGGGCCGUGGCCGAAGGUGCAGUGGCGGUGGUGGCGCUGCUUGGGGCUGCUGCCGCUGCCGACGCUGUGAGGGAGGGGAGCGGCAGUGGUGCAGGGGGGGGAGCAGCGGGCAUGGCGCGGCGUGUGGAGGAGUAUGUGCGGCGAGACAUGGCUCGGCUGAGGAGGCAGAUGGGCACUGUGGACGCAUGGAGGGAGGGGGCGGUGAGUGCCCUGCACAUGCUGCACUCCUCCACGUGUUGCCCCACGCACCCUACGCUUCUCGAAUCGUCCCCCCUGCCAUGGCUUCUCGUGGUGGACGAGACGGCAUCACCCCUCACUCUGCACCAGUCGCUGCUCGACGCCACUGCACCAUCACAGCCCACCUGGAUCCCACUCCCUCAAUGGCCACUCCUCUCGCUCAACCCACCCACCACCACGCCUUCCACCCCACCUCCAUCCUCCUCCUCACCAUCCUCCGACUCCGCCUCCUCACCCCCCUCCUUCCACCUGCUUCUCCGCCCCCUGCCACGGCCUGAGGCGGAGCCUGCAAGCAGUGCGGCGAGUGUGGCGCUGCAGGGGGCGUCGGGCGGCGGGGGGGGUGUGUUCCUGGCGCUCAAGGACGCUGCUGUGCUGCGCGGCCUCGCCAAGCAGGGCGUCAAGCACCUGCUGGUGCUACUGCAUCCCACAGCACAGCCUGAUCCUGCCCUCAUUGCCGCAUGCAUCCAGUCCAAUGCUGACGUGGCAGUUGCUGCGUCAGUGAGCUCCGAUGCCAGCUCAGCAGGAGUGCAGACGGAGAGUGGGAGCGGAGGGCAGCAGCAGGUGCUGCGGGUGGCAGCCUUUCCGUGUGAGCAGCAGUCGGAGGGGCAUGAGCACAGUGCGGGCACUGGGGAUGGUAGUGAGAAUGGGGCUGAAGCCAGUGGCAAGAAGAAAGGCAAAGGCAAGGGCAAGGGCAAGGGUGAUGAGAGGCAGUCCAGUGGAGUGAGGCUUCGUGUGCUGGAGGGGUGUGAGGGGGCGGAGGAGGCUGCUGCGACACCUUCCCUUGUGCUUCACUCAGACCAGCUGGUUGUUUCCAUGAAGUUUCUCAAGUCCUUGGAUCCCAUGCAGCUGCCCUUCCAGCUGUUUGAACCAUCACCCUUGGAGCAGCGCCUGCCAACGCCACAUGCCGCAGCACAGGUGGCGGCAGGGGAAGAGGCAUGGGACGGGGCAGCAGAGGGUGGGGUGGAUGGUGGUGUGGCGGUGAGGCAGCGGGCAAUGGACGUGGUGUGUAUGACGGAUGCAAGCAAGCCAGCCACCACGGCGACCCCACGCGCGGUUAAGUCGCGCCGCAUGUCGCUGGAGGACACCAGCGGCACUGCGGCGUCCGCAGCGGCGACAGCGGGUGGCAGCGGCGCAGGCGGGAAUGCAGAGGCGAUGGAGGAGGAGGAGGGAUCGCAGGGCGACGGUAUGGGUGGCAUGGGCGGCGGCAACGGCGGGGGCAGCAGCGGCGGCGACGGCAAGGCGUCGCUGGGGGAGCUGCGGAGCCGCGGCGAGUGGAGCCGCGAGGCGACGGCGGUGCUGCUGGAGGCGUGGAGCGACAACUACCUGGCGUCGGACCAGGGCAACCUCAAGGCGGCGCAGUGGGAGGAGGUCACGUCGCGCGUCAACGCGCGUGGCGGCGGCAGCAAGGCGGCGAAGACGGUGGUGCAGUGCCGCAUGAAGCUGGACUCGCUGAAGAAGAAGUACAAGGCGGAACGCCUGCGAUGGCGCGGGCUGAGUCGCUGGGAGCACUACAAGAAGCUGGAUCAGCUCAUCGGCGGCCACAAGCGCGUCGCGGGGGCGGGCGGCAGCAGCGCCGCCGCCAUGGGCGAGGAUCUGGAGUCGUCAGGCGUGGGCGGGGGCGGCGGGAUGAGCUCCGGCGGGGCCACUCUCCCCGCCACGCCCGUGUACCCCGCCGUCGCCUCCGCGCCCGCCGCCGCGAUGUCCGCAGGGGGGCUGGGCGGGUCCGCCAUGGGCACGGUGAUGGGCAUGCCGCCGGCGGACGGCACCUACUUUCUGCACAACAUUGCGGCGGGCGGCAUGGCCGGCAGAUUCGUGGGGGGCGGCAACGGCAACGGCGUGCUUGUGCCGAGCGGCAUGCCUCCUCUGCCCGCCGUGGGCAUGGGGAUGGGGGGCGCGGGCAGAGGGGGCGCCAUGGGGGCCUCUUCCGGCGCUGGCACCCCCCCCCCGCCCAUGGGGGUUUUACCCGGGGUUGGAAUGGGCGGCAGCGUGUAUUUAGGCACGGGGGGGCCCGUGGGCGCGGGGAGAGGUGGCGCAGGGGGCUUGGGGGCGCGCAACAGCAUGAUGUGCGCGGGCGCGGGCGGGGCAGUGACGAAUGGCGACGGCAUCAAGUGGUCCGCGGGCCCCAUGGACCGGCAGGGGGAGUGCGUGGGGGAGGGCGGAGGGGAGGUUAGAGGCGCGGGAGGGAUGGGGAUCGGCGGAGUGCGCUUGGGCGGGCUGGCGGGGCAAGCGGGCCCGUCAGCGGGGGCGGUGCUGGGGGGAGGGGCUGCGGGAGGGGGCGGUGGUGCGGCCCCCCUGAUGCCUGCCUCCGCGGACGCCUUUCUCCCGCCCUCCUUCCUGCCCGCGGGCGCACCUCCCGCCGCCUUUUCUGGCAGGCCGCGCACAGGCGUGGAGGGCGGCGGUGACGUGGCGGUGGGUGAGAGCCCGGGAUCAACGGCGUGCAACCGAGGGGAGGAAAGGACGGAGGGGGAGGAGGAGGAGGAGGAUGACGAGGAGGACGAGGAAGAGGACGAGGAUGAAGAGGGUGGUGGGGAGGAUGCAGCAGGGGCGGAGGGGCAGUAUGGGCGAGCGGAUGGGGAGGGAGGAGGAGGGCAGUUCGGUGGGGGGGGCUUAGGGGGGGCAGCAUUGCCCACUGGGGUGGGCGUGGCAGCAGGGGCAGGGGGGGAGCGGCAGAAACGCAUGCGGCGGUGGAGAGGGGGCUAUGAGGGCAGCCGGCGCAUGCCCAACGGGGCCGCGGAUGCAGGCGGGCAGGAGGGCGGCAUGGGGGGCAUGGCGGGGAUGGGGGGCAUGGGGCACGCAAUGGCGGGAGGGGGGGCGAUGGGCGUGGGCGAGGCAGCAGCAGCGGCGGUGGUGGGGGCGGGGGAGGACUCGGUGCGGAGCCUGGCGGAGGCGAUCAGCAGUUUCGGCGAGCUGUAUGCGCGUGUGGAGGUGGAGAAGCAGCGGUACCUGAUGGCACUGGAGCAGCGGCGCAUGGAGUUUCAGCGCGAGCAGGAGGCGCGCAAGAUGGAGAUGCUGAGGGACAUGGAGGUGCGCCGCAUGGAGAUGGACAUGAAGUUCCACCUCGAACUCGCCAAACUCGCCUCGCCCUUGCCCACCACGCACCUCCCACAACCCCCCUCCUCCUCGCCUUCCCCUGCCGCCGCCGCUGCCGCCGCUGCUGCCGCUGCUGCCACCGGCAAGACGUCUACCCCUCCAGCGCACGGGCAUGUGCGCGGGGAACCCGCCCCGUCGCCUGUGCCGUGGCCGCUCUCCUCCCCCGCCACUGCAUCCCAGCACCACGUGCCGUCGCCCAUGCCCGCCGCCCCCACGGCAUCGCACCACCCCAGUGCGCCCCACGGCGGCCUUGCGCACGCCCCCAUGUGCCAGCCCUCGCCCGCCGCACACCCUGCGCCCGCCCACCCCCACUCGAACCCACCGGCGCCCCAACGGGGCUCGUCACAUGCGGCAUCACCGUCACCGGCGGCUCCCAUGGCCCAUCCCAGGCUGGACUCGCACCCAACCUCUGGUGCAGGCAGUGGUGGGGCGGAGGGUGGGGCGGAUGGCACAGGGCAUGGCGGGCGCGAGGAGGAGCGGCACAGCGAGGAGGAGGGGCCGUGCGGAGGGGAGGGCGCGGAGGACGAGGGGCAGGAUGCAUUGGAGCGACAGACAUCAGAGGAGGGCGAUGGGGGCAGUGAGCAGGAGGAGGAAGAGGAGGAGGAGGAUGCAGAGGCACACUCAGACUCGCCCAGCUAG